UGUGUGACCAAAACAAUUUCUCUCCCACACACGCAGUGAGACAGAUCUAUCUCUCUCUUGCAGUGGAGUGCUGGCUGCUGCUCUGGAUUCUCUAUUUCCUCACCUCCUCCGAAGGAAAGAAGGCUGGUGCAACUAGUGGGCAGUCCGAGGAAAGUCUGACACCAUGUGAGCAGUGGUCCGGGUCAACAUUAGAGAGGCAGAAUGCUGCAUCUGCGUGGGACUCUUGCGGUUGGAGUUCUGUAUUUUCUCCUUAGCUCGGUAAAUGGGUUUUUUAGUGGGUUUGGGCCAAAACCAACAAGCCAAACAGAGGCAGAGUCAAAAGAAUGGGGCUACAGGGUAAAAUUUCCAAAAAUUCCAUCAUUUGGCUUUAAAUUUUGGAGUCCUUUUGGUAAGGCUGCAGAGCCUUUGGUCGCCACAACAAUGGGGAAUCCAACAAACCCAGAACCAACCACACAAAGCUAUACUCUGUCAACAGAGGAGUUAACCAGCCCAAAAUUCCAGCCAACCACAAUCGCAACUGAGGAAACUCAAAGUACCACCGUCCACCUAGGCACCCUUCUGCCUUUAAGCUCAGCAAAACUGCCAACAAGUGGCAUACUCAGGAACAAAUAUCAUCUAUCUGAGCCUCCUCUUAAGUUUGAUACAAACUUUGAUCUUGACCGCUGGCCUCCCAAUAAUGCCAAGAGCAUAGAGGAAACGCUACAAUCCACGUCACAAUCUCCUCAAACACCAGCAUCCCCUGAACAAAAUAACAGCACCAUGCAGGCUAUAACGCUAAGACAAACUACAGAAACCAAGAGCCUUUACAGUAACCAAACCAUACCCACAGAUGCUCAGUCAACAACACCAAUAUCAACAACUUCAUUAAAAACCACACAUUUCACAACAACAGCAGACCCAAAGCCUGAACUAUAUACCGAACCUCUGACCAGCACUGACAUCAGCACUGAACUACACACAUUUGGGACAGCACAAACUACUUCAGAGUCAGAUUGGACACCUUUUGUACCCACUGACAAAACUUUGGAUGGAUUUACAUGGGCGCAGAAAACCACAUUCCCAACAGAAGGUGGAAAAUUCCAAAGCAUUGGCCCAGAACUCACUUCCACCCUGCCAGCAGGAGGCUUUGCAUCGGAGGAAGGAGAUGAGGGAACGGGGAGGAGUGCUAAUCUAACACAAGAGCGACACAGUGAGCAGACAACAUCAGCAAGUGCAACGACUCUCAGGAACACAGAAAUGCCCACAACACAGUCUGAGGACUGGCUGACAGACCUUAUCCAAGAAUCUCCACUCCCGGACUGCAAUGCAGAACAUUCUGGAAUCUGCAGUGAUACAUGGCCCACCACUGUUCUGAGCAAUAGCAGCAGCAAAAAUUACAGCACAACCACCAUCUCCACUAACCUCUCUCAGAGCCCCAUACCUUUUGCAGCCCCACAUAUGUUUGUUGCACUCUAUUCUGAUUGGAACAGUGCCCUGGCAACAUGGGGUUCGGCGUGGGAAUUGCACAUUUAUGGACUGGGCACUGUGUUCUGUCUAGUUGCCUUGGCCUCCACCCUGAACCUUCUCUGCCUGCCCCUACAGUACCCAUCAGGCUGUGGAUACUUCACACUGGUCAGCCUCUGCCUGGUGGCUGCUGGCUGCACAAGGGCCUUUGCCCUUGUCUACGACUCCUACGGAUACCAGAAUCGCUUUGCAUCCACAGAGGCCUCUCUGUUACUUUAUGAGGCACCAUUCCCCUGCAUGACAGCCGCCUUUGGCCUAGUGUUCCUGCUUCUGUCAAUGCGCUCCCGUAUGCAGCUUUCCUAUUCAGCCUUUCAAAGACCCUGCUUUCUAGCCUGCUUAGUGCUUCUGCACUUUGCUGCUGCAUUUGGCCCUGUUGCAUUACUCCAUGUUGACCAACAAGGGACACCACUAUACCUGUAUCUGUCCUUGAUUUCCCGAGGUUCCUUUGUGGGUCUGGCGACUUUCCUGUCCACUGCAUAUUUCGUGUUCUACUUCUACGUCCGUGCUGACUCUAAGCAUAUUUAUCAUCUGAACAACACAUCGCCAACAUCAGCUGAACGCUACAACUGUUGCCCAUUUGCAGAGAGCCGAGAUUGGGACCGCGCAGCAGCUGAGGUGCUUCUCUCGGCUGUCUUCUCUCUGGCUUGCGCAGGGCUACAACUCUAUGCCAUGCUGCACAUCCUUGGUCUCGCUGGGAGCACUGAGGCCUUUCAGCCUUGGCCGUGGUGGACUUUUCAGUUAAAUUGCAGAAUGUGUGAGGCUGUAGUCUGCAUCACAUUGGUACUGGUAGUUGCUCAGCCAGUCUACUGCUCCAAUCACCUUCCCCAACCAGGCUGGACUGAACUUUUUGCAGCGAAGUCAUCUAUGAUUCCUGGGAGCUUCCAAUGGAAUCUAUCCCAGCAGGAGAAGCUGGCCAUCUGUGAUCCAAUUGGGCAUGGAGAAACAGAAUGCUUGCCCUUGUACACACUGGUGGAUGAACGUCUAGGCAGCUUGAAUGGCCUUGACCUUCUAUACCAUAGUAACCGGGCAUUGGCCUAUCGGGACCUUGACCUAGACCUUCCCAAAAAUCAACCCAACACUAGUGCCCCCUCUGUGGGAUCAUCCUGUGCCAGUGACUCUACAGCAGAUCUGCACCCUCCAUCACCAAUUAAUCUGCGCAGAAGCAUCGAUGAGGCAUUAUUUAGUGAGUCUAUUUUCCCCAUGAGUCUCUUCAGCCCCUUACGGCCCUUCACCUAUAGUGACCGUUCCCUGGAUGGUAGGGAGACCAGCUCCAGUAGUGCUCAAACCCUCAGAGACAUUCAUACGCUUGAUCCAGGCCUAUACAGAACAUCCUCCUGUGUGGAGGUGCUACCCCAGGACCCGCUUCCUUCUCAAGCCCAACAGGAUGGUCCUCUGUUGGGUUUUCCUCCAUCCUCAUCUCCCUCCUUGUCAUCCUCAACUUGUUGCUCUACUCCAGAGCACUGGCAAGGCAGUUCUAGUUCCAAUUCCCUCUACAGGCAGUCUCUGGCUGGCUCCUCGCUAGUUUUGUGCUCUAGUCCAGAGGGACACAAUCUGCCACCCUCUACCCUAAGUGGUAGCUCAAACCACACUGCCACAUCUGGUCACCAGAAACCCUACAGAACAUUAAUCUCACAGGAGAGUCUGGACCAGCAGUUUGACCAGUCUGUCCAAGAAGAGUUUAUCAGUGUGUGUAGACAGAUUGAUGCUCUUAGCAUCUGCAGUGAGACUAUUGACCUCUAGAUGGAGACAAAAUAAUGGAAUGACAGAAUCCAAAAGACUGUCUGUGAUUUUAUCAUCAGCAAGUAAUGGGCAGAUCAGGUGAUUUGAUGAGUGUUUGCCAACGUGCCAAAACAGCUUUGCUCUGUACUAAAUGAAAUCAUACAGGCAAAUAUGUUGGGUAAUAGAACUGUGCCAAAUGUUUCACAACUGUUUGUUGGGAGUUAUGAGAGGCAAGUCCCCCAAAGAGACGGAUUCUGAAGUUUCCCUAUUUAAGGAUAAAGAAGUGUCACCAACUUCCAGAAGCAGAGGCAGAUUUUGUACUUAAGUUCUCAAUAAUAUUUGGUAAACAAAUUUGUAAUUGUAAAGCAUUUGUUUAAAGUUUUCUCUACAAUUCUAAGUGACAUUUUUGUACAAAAUCUCUUUGUCUAUACGAUUAAUACUGUGAGAUUAAGAACUACAGACAUCCAUCCUGUAAAUCAAAUACUUUGAAUUUUAGCAGCAGAAAAUGGUUAUUUAAAAAUUAACCUGCCAAAUCAAAGUAGGAAAUCAACUUGAGGUCUUUGUGCUUUUGGUCUUCAGUUGCACAAAUAACUCCAUAAGUCCCAGUGGGUUGUUUGCAAGAAUGUAUUAUAAUGUUGAAUGGUCUAAUUGGUUUCAUUUUGUUGAUUAAAAAUUACAAAAUAAAAAGGAUGUAAGUGUUACAGUACCCUCUGCUGGUAAUAUUAGGAACACACCCAGCAAUCUGUUGUACUUCAGGAUUUGAGCUAUAGACUGCCACUUCAUACAUUUCUAAGUGUAUAUUUGAUAUAAACUACAAUUAAUAAUCAAUUUAUCUACCAGGUUUUAGUCCAUGUUUUCAAUUGCUCAAUACAUAUUAACAUUAAGAUUUUGUAGUGUGCACGUUUUGAAAAGCUGUGUGUGAAACUGCUGAUAUAUCUGUUUGUCACAGGAGGCUU